ACAUACAACUUUCAGAUUCUUAGGCUCCAGCUCAGUUCUGUGAUCCAACACCCGUCUUCCUAAACAAACAUCGUGACUUAUCUGUGUCUACACUGCAACAGCAUUUCUCAUGUCAGCUUUUCAAACCACUCCAUGGAGGUUGAUUUCUGGGAUCUUAGGAGUAACAUGCCUUGUGUUGAUGGCUACUUUGGGAAUUUUGUUAAAAAAUACAUUCAUGAAACAAAGUAUUCAGUCAACAUCAUCUCCAGGACCCACCGUUGAACCCCAGGAAGGCUCUGGCUGCUGUUCUUGCCAAGAAAAGUGGAUUGGACACAAAUGCAACUGUUACUUCAUUUCCAGUGAAAAAAAAACUUGGGCAGAAAGUAGGGAUUUCUGUGCUUCUCAGAAUUCCAGUAUACUUAAGUUGCAUAACAGAGAUGAACUGCAUUUUAUUAAGUCCAGUAAAUCUUUUUACUGGAUUGGACUCUCUUACAAUGAAAACCAUCGUGCCUGGUUGUGGGAGGAUGGCUCUGCUCUCUCUCAAGAUCUAUUUAUUUUAUCAGAAAAUGUAAAUACAAAGAACUGCAUAAUAUAUAGUACAAUCAACAAUAUUUUGGAUGAAUCCUGUAAAGAAAAAAAUUAUUAUAUCUGUAAACAACAGCUUAUUUAGGUGUUUCUUAUGGCAGAAGGGGUGAUUAAUGAAGGUCCAGUAUUAUUAAGAAUGAUCACUUGAUAUGGGAAAGCUAGCCAUUAUAUCUCAAGCAGCCCUGUUGAAAGGACCAUGUGACAAGGAGCUGAAGCCUGUUAUGAAAACUGGCCAUGAUGUUUUGUUGAGUUGUACACUUGAAACCUGUAUGGUUCUGUGAACCAAUGUCACUCCAAUAAGUUCAAUAAGAAAAGAAAUAAAGGCAAUUUC